AUGAUCCGUCAGUUUCAACGGAUGGCCUUGGGCUGCCUCACAACAAAACAUCCCAUACGACGGACUUGCAUCCGAAUAGUCACGUGGAAGUGGUUUGAUCGGUUCAUCGUGUUCUGCGUCAUCUUCAACACGGUGAUUCUGGGCUUGACAGACUACACAGACGCAUGGGCGGACGGACCCAACAACACGAUCUGGAUAAACUGGUUCAUUGAUAGCUGCAACGGCGUCAGCUUUUACAUCUUCCUCGCCGAAGCCACGUUCAAGAUCAUCGCGAUGGGGUUCUGUUUUGGCCAGCGCGCGUACCUAAGCGAAGGCUGGAACCGACUCGACUUUGUCAUCGUUUCGUCAGGGUUCUUGUCCAUCUUGAACAUCAAAGGCAUCAAAGUUGGGUUCAUUCGGGUACUUCGCGUGAUGCGGCCCCUACGCACACUUCACUCUCUGCCUGCAGGCCUGAAAGUCCUGACGAAUUCGUUGCUGGCCAGUUUACCAGCCCUCGGGAAUGUGUUUGUGUUGCUCAUGUUUUGCAUGCUUGUGUUUGGCAUCCUUGGCAUGGAAAUCUAUCGAGGCGCGUACCACUUUCGGUGUCGGGUGACGCCCUACCCCGUCGUGUUGCCGCCCAACGGCACGUUCAACUACCCCCCGAAUGCGUCGUACAUUUCGCUAGUCCAGCAGUCCCCCGACCAGUUCCAGUGCCUCUUUCCCAACGGCACGCAAAUAUCUAAACUCAACGACGUAUGGGAUGAGCCCUUGGAUUGUUUUUGGCCCGUGGAUGCCUCGGAAGUUAUCCCUAUGGUGUGCAAUCAAGAGCUUGACACAGGUCGACAAUGCCAAGGCAACACAGUGUGUGGCUCCAACUUCGACGAACGGGGCAACCCGCGCUUCAAGUACCUCCUUCAGCCGCCUUGGAACGGCAACAUCAACGACGACGCGCUAUUUAAUUCCAACUUGAACUACGGGCUUGCAAGCUUCGACAACCUUGGUCGUGCGUGGCUGAUCUUACUCCAAACGAUCACAGCGUCGGGGUGGAUGGUGCUCACACAAACGACUCAAAACACAGCCAGCCCCGUGGUCGCGGGCAUCUACUUUACUGCGCUCAUGUACAUUGGGAUGUGCUUUUUGCUGCAACUCAACAUGGCCGUGCUGUUUACCGAAUUUGAAAAGGCCAAAGACCUGCAAGCCAAAAAACUGCGCGAGGACAUUGGAAGGCAAAGCCUCAUGCUUGCCAAGAUGCCAUCGAUAAACAGACACAGCAUGCGCUUAUUCAAACCCGCCGAUCUUUUCACGCGCGUGAGCACGGUGGCUGUCCGCCGGGGGGAUGUCAUAGUGCAAAGUGCGAUUGGCCGCCAAUUUCUGCACUUGCGCGCGGAGAUUCUGAAAAUCGUCGUGUCCCGAGAGUUUAUCAACUUUGGGCUCGUGGUGACCGUCUCCAACAUUUUGGUGCUGUCGCUCGACUUUCACGGCAUCGACGUUGCCACGAAGAACAAUUACGAGACGGCGAAUUUCAUGUUUAUGCUGUAUUUUGGCGUCGAAUCGUUGCUCAAGAUUGUCGGCCUCGGGCUGCGGCGGUUUUGGGCGGAUAAGUUCAAUCGGUUCGACCUGCUGACGUUUUUUCUGGGGGUGGUGGAAGCGGCUAUCAGCCCGCCGUCGUUUAUGGAUGGCACACCGGGGGGGAGCGGCAUUUUCACCGCGUUUCGGGCCGCAAGGGCAUUCAAAUUGGCGCGGAUGUGGGAAUCGCUCAACCAGUUGCUCACCGCUAUCUUCAACUCGUUGAGCGAAAUCCUCAACUUUUUGCUGUUUCUGCUGCUGUUCAUGUUGAUCUUUAGCCUCCUGGGGAUGGAGUUAUUCGCCACUCAUUAUCAAUUCGACCCCAACAAUUACCACAUGCCGUUCAACAACACGAACCCGCAAACGAGGCUGCAUCGGUCCAACUUUGACUCAAUCGUGUGGGCCGCGUUCACCGUGUUUCAAAUCUUGUCCUAUGACAACUUUCCCGCCGUCAUGUACGACGGAUGGAUCUCCGUGGGCGCAUGGGCCCCCAUUUACGUAUCCCUGGUGAUCAUUCUCGGCGUGUUUGUGGUCAUGAACAUGUUUUCAGCGAUUCUCGUGCAAGCCGUGAUGAAAGGCAACACGAACGACGACGACAAUGACGACGAUAUUGACUCGAUGAUUCUCGACAGCAAACAUAUGGACGGCGGCAUGCGCACCAAAUCCACGCGGAUUCUACGACGCGUGAUGGACCAACUGGCGCGGCUUCAGUUCCCCCCUCCCCCCACGUCCCUGGCCAACGACGACGACGCACCAAAACGACCUGUGUACUUAGGGCGAUCCUUGUUUUUGUUUGCCGAAACCAACCCCUUGCGGCGCCUCUGUACGGCGCUCCUCCAACGCCGCGAGUACACGUGGGCGAUGAGCGUCAUAAUUUUCAUCUCGUGUGUCGACACCGCGUUGGAUUCGCCCCUCCUCGAUCCGAAUUCGAGUCUGGGGACCUUGCUCGAUCAAGUCAACUUGCUGUUUGCGGUGCUGUUUUCCGUGGAAAUGGCCAUCAACGUCGUGUCCCGCGGACUUUUCAUUGGCCGGGACGCGUUUGUCAAGGACUGGUGGCGCGUCCUCGACGGGUUUAUCGUGACCGUGUCGAUUCUGCCCUACUGUUUUGGCAACUUGAACAAGGACGCGCUCACGGGUUUGCGGUCCCUGCGCGCGUUCCGGGCACUGCGCCCCCUGCGCGUGAUCAACAACAUCCCGUCCCUCAAAGUCGUCGUGAACACGUUGUUUCGAUGCAUCCCCGACGUCGGCCGCGCGCUGCUCUUCUUCUUCUUCAUGCUGUUUCUGUUUGGCCUCAUGUCCCUCGCGUUGUUCAAAGGUGCGCUCAACACGUGCUCUGUGAGUCCGUACAACUAUGGCCUCGGGACCGGCACCCCCGUCAACCCCCCGUGGUUCCCCACGGAUUACACCGGCGACUUCAACAUUGUCAAUGUGACAGUGUUGGAGGAGCUGGAUGUGAUGACGUUUCCGCGACCGUGGACCAAGUUGACGGACCCCCAAAAGGAUGCCAUACGACCCGUGUGGAACCAGCCGGGUUGCGGCCCCUUUGCCGACGAUGACACCCCGACGUCUCGUGACAUUUGCCUGUGUUUUGCCCGCCAAAAUGGCACGUCGUGGAACCCCCAGACCCCCCAACGCUUUGACAAUAUCUUUUACGCUAUCACGGGAUUGUUCGAGCUCACGACCAUGGAGGGGUGGACAUCGGUGGCGUUGGCAUGCAUCGAUGCCGUGGGGGAAAACAUGCAGCCGAUUGCAAACUUCAACCCGGCGUUUAUGAUUUAUUGGUGGAUCUUUAUCAUCAUUUGCGCGUUCUUCAUCACGGGGUUAUUCAUCGGGGUGUUGUGCGACAGCUUUGCAAGGGAAACGUACGGGUCGCUGGUCACGGACGAGCAGAUUCAGUGGAUCAAACUCCAAAACAAAGUGCUGGCCAUGUCGCCCCAGCACGUGUUUCCGUGCCCGACGCACCCGGUCCGCCGCGCCGCGUUUGUCGUCUGCACAUACGGUUACUUCGAGCACUUUAUCACGUUUGUGAUUCUGCUCAACACGGCGUGCAUGGCGGUACAAGUGUUUGGGCAGAGCGUCGCGACCGAGACCGCCCUCAAUGCCCUCAACUCGAUUUGCUCGGUGAUCUUCAUCUUUGAAGCUGCCGCCAAGUUGGCCAGCUACGCGAUAGGGUACUUUGAGGAUGGCUGGAAUCGCUUUGACAUUGUGAUUGUGCUCCUCACGAUUGUGAGUUUGAUCUUGCAAGCGUUCAGCAUCGACGUCGGGUCGGCCGCGUCGGUUAUUCGCGUGUUCCGAGUUGGCCGCGCCUUGCGCCUCAUAAAAAAGGCCAAGAUCAUGAAGAACCUGUUUGACACGCUCAUUGUAUCGCUGCCAGCUGUCGUGAACGUGGUGAGUUUGCUCAGCUUGCUGUACUACAUCUUUGCGGCCGUGGCCGUCCAAUUGUUUGCCAAAACCGGGUUCGACGGCAACAUGAUCAACGAAAAUCAAAGUUUCCAGAACUUUUGGACGGCGUUUCAAACUCUGAUUGGGUUUUCCACGGGUGAAAAUUGGGACAACUUUACGUGGGAAGUGUACAACCAAGUACCAGCCACCAACCCGACGUGCGAAGAUCGAUCAUACAAUGCGAGCAUGUGCGGCUUCAACGACACGUACGGGUGCGUCCCCCUGGACGGGUGCGGGAGCGGCAUGAUCUUGCCGUUCAUGUACUUCUUCUUCUUGGUCAUGGGGUACAUUGGGAUCAAUUUGUUUUCGGGGAUUGUCGUUGACGCCAUCGGCGACGCAUCCAACGAUAGCCGCGUGAACGUCAACACGCUGGCGGAAUUUUCCGACCGGUGGGCACAAUUCGAUCCGUCGGGGUCGGGGCUCAUCACGGCCGACGAACUCACCGACUUUUUGUACACCGUGUACCCACCGUUUGGAUUCAAGGGUGUGCCAGGGUUUACCCGUCGAAAGGUCGCCAUUGUAAUGGGAGAUUUGGGGAUACCUAUCUACGACAAGAUCUAUGUGCACUUCAAGGAUGUUCCCCGUGCGCUCGUGCAGCGUGUGUUGGCCGAGGGCGAUCGGGCAAAGCAUGCCGAAAUCACGCGGAUCAUGGAGCAACUGGGGAUCAACAAGCAUUUCGACGAGAUGUGGUUUCGGUCGCAUGGCAAGAAGCACCAGAAUACGCUGAUCCACCGCCAGCAAGUCACCGCGCGAGAAUAUUCCGCCACGUUGGUGAUCCAGCGAUUCUUUGAAAAGGUCAAGCUGGAACGGCAGCGGAGGCGUAACUUGGCCCGUAUCCACACAUACGGCACCGACAUAACCGAGCAAACCCUCAACGUCGGUCGUGCAGUGGUCGCACGAGACAUGGAUGUCGAGUCCGUGGAAGCAAACGAGCGGCUGGACGAAGCUGCCGCCUCUGCGAUGGGUGUGGCCCUUGACGCAGCGGGGGGGGAAGAGGGGACGGCGGUGGUAGCACCUGAUAUUCAAGUGGAAGGAGAGACGGCACAACUGCAAUAUCAAGGGGGAAGCGAUGUGCUGGACAAGAGCAACACCAAAGAACGUGAAGCCAACAACUUGGUCGAUGGCUGAACGCAGCUGAUAUUGAAAUAGCUGACAGGAUAAGUAAUUUAUACACGCGCGCGACAGCGUGCGCCGCCUUUUGAACGACGAUGAAUUGAUAUGAGUCAAG